CGAGUAAAUGACCAUUGACCUAAUCGGCUCAAAAAUGUCUGAGCAAAAUGAAUUGUUAUCCAUUUUAUUUGUGACAUCGGGUUCUCGAGGGGAUCGCCUGCUGUUUAAAUAUCCGGUUGAAGCUUCUUCAAGAGCUUCGAGUGGCAAAGGUCGUGCAAGGAACCCAUAUGCAGUUCAGAUAAAUAAGGAUUUUACAAAAGCUAAGAGGAGGCAGUCCACAUCAGACAGCAUGUUGGCAGGUCUCAGUGACACGACAUUGGCACACCUACUGGGAGUGAAGUCACCACUGCAGUGUGGGGAAAAAUUCAAUGUCAAAAUAGAGAAAGUUCGCUUCGUUGGUUUCCCAUUACUACUUGAUGAUUCUGCAGACAAAGCCUCUGCUGUGAAAUCUGGACAUAAAAUCAAUUGCUUCAACAUUGCUUUUGUUUUACAGAAGCCGCUAAUGAAAAUGGAAUCAGAGGCCAUCCACGGCCCCUGGGUGGUGUCGUGUUACCAAGACCUGGCCAAGCAGAUUACAGUGGCCUUGAAGCAUGAGGAGCGUCGCUGUCAGUAUCUCUCCACGCAGGCUAAGAUCAUGGCCACUGUACAUGACGAGGUAGCCUCUAUGCCUGAAGAUAUGAUGUCCUCCCUUUAUGAAAUAAUUUUACAAAAGAGUGAAUUGGCAAAGCAGUUUCAGCACAUAUUUGAAAGUUUAAAUGACCAAGGGCUGGCCCAUUUCUAUGUGAACAACUGGAUCGAGAUCAACUUCUGUCUUCCAUACAAGCUUCACAGCAUGCAGGCAGGCUAUAGACCGUUCAAGAAGGAGCCAGAUGCGUUUAAGAAAUGUCUGAAGGCAUUAAGACCGUACCAUGGUGUGUUGUUGCUACAAGACGAGCAGACACUGCUGGACUCACUUCCUGUCGACUGCACCCCGGCGCUGACCCGGUUCAUCCAGGUGGCAAGUCCAAUGCGAAGCCUACAAACCCUGGCCCUGGAGGCUGAUCUAAGCUUGUUCCAGGUGUUCCAGCUAGCGUGUCACCUGGUGUACUGGGCCAAGGCCUUCAUCAUCUACCCACUGUGUGAGACCAACAUCUUCAUCCUGUCACCGACAGCCAACACACAUGUCUCAUCCAAACUCGUAGAGGAAUUCACGCAGCAAUUUCCAGGGUGUUCCCUGCCAGUCCAGCUAGCAGAGUUCUCCUUCCCCACUCAGCUACGGGACGCACACUCCCCACUGAGUAACCAUGGAGACACGGAGCUCAUGGUGCAGAUAGUUGUGUGGAUGUUGAAGCACCAGCUGCUGACCCAGCUACACACCUACGUGUUCUUUGUGCCCCCUGUGCAGGGUCAAGGUCACAGACACAAGAUGAGCGAAGGGAGCAGAAGCAGCAGCACCCCAAGGUUGCCUUUCAGGCAACAUGAGGAAUAUGUGGGCAUCUUCGAGUCAGGCCUCCAAAGAUCUCCUAGCCUGUCUGAUGCGGCUUCUGUAACCAGCGAUGAAAGCAUAACGCUGAGCACGCCCGGUAUGCUGAUUGCACAGAUGUCCAAGAGCCCUUCGACUGAAUUCACGGGCGAGGGAGUCACGAUGCCCAAGUCGGGCGAUUCAAAGGCUUAUUGGCUGAUACAGGAAUCAGUGUGCUCUGACUUGUCUGUCGAAGAAAAGGAAUGCAUUUUGCGGGUACCUGCCGCCAAGAAUCUUGACGAUUUGAGGAUGUUUACAAGAUUGUUCCCUUAUUUUGGAGGAAAGAACCACAUAGAGGAGAUCAUGUACUUUGAAAACCUUAUUAGACCACAGCUUGUCACCCUCAUAGAGAAGUUUAAGGAGGUACUGGUACUUUGCACUUAUGAGGACUCCAUCUCCUGAUAACUUAUGAGGACUCUGUCCCGUGAUUGUUGAGUUUCCAACAUUCAGUGAUCGGAAUAUGCACAAGGAUACAUGGCCCUGCAAAAGUAAACUGUUAACCAUGUUUGCUCAGAUUCAAGGGUUCCAAGCCCUUUUGUCCCCCCCCAUAGGCUCAUGUAAAUCAGUCACAGCCACGAUUCUGUUAGCUGUUAAAAUAGCCUAACAUCAUAAGGACUCAAAUUCCCUUUGGGAACUUUCUCUAACAGUUGAAAGUUAUUUUGUUUGAAGUCACAGAUAUUUUUGUUAAUCUUUUUACACUCCCUGUAUUGCAAACCAAGUGUUAACUAGGGUAUGACUGAAUAGCGGAAAGGGCCUAAAUUAAGUUAUUUUCAAUGUUUUAAAAUAACUGGUUUCUUCUUACGAUACGAGUAAUGGAAAUGGACGAGCACCAAGGAAAGGGCUUGAUCAUCGUUAAGUUUCGUAAUAAACGGCAAGAACCUGUAGAUGUUCGGAAAGCGCUUGAUAUAUUUAAACGGUUACUUUCUUAAAACAUGCAUUGGUAUGGUCAUAAACAAGUAAUAAAAUUGUGAGCAUUGUUCGGUUUUUAUUGAAUAUUUGAUAUAUUUGAUAAAUACGAUUUUGUGAUACCAUAUUUGACGUAAACAGCGAAAUAUAUUUUAUGAUACCAUAUUUGACGUCAAAAGCGAAAUAUAUUUUAUUAUCUUUAUUAGCAUAAAUAUACACAGACUCUCUGUAAUUGCCUUGAUUCGAGACAAAACAAAAUGCAAUUCAGUCAACCCUUUUUAUACCCCAUCAAACGGAGUUUAGGGGGGUAUAUAGGAGUGAACCUGUCUGUCGGUCUGUCGGUAGGUCGGUCUUUAUGUCGGUCCGUAUUUAGUGUCCGCUCUCUAAAUCAAGUAGUUUUCAUCCGAUCUUCACCCAACUUGGUCAGAAGUUGUAUCUAAAUGAUGUCUUGGCCAAGUUCGAACAUGGGCCUUGCUGGGUCAAAAACUAGGUCACAGGGUUACUUAGUGCGUUUCAAACAUUCAGCAUGUUGUCCGCUCUCUAAUUCAAGAAGUUUUCAUCCGAUCUUCACCAAACUUGGUCAUAAGUUGUAUCUACAUGAUGUCUAGGCCAAGUCCGAACAUGGGCCUUGCCAGGUGAAAAACUAGGUCACGGGGUCACUUGGUGCGUUUUAAACAUUCAGCAUGUUGUCCGCUCUCUAAUUCAAGUUGUUUUCAUCCGAUCUUCACCAAACUGGGUCAGAAGUUGUAUCUAGAUUAGCUUAAGGCCAAGUUCGAACAUGGGCCUUGCUGGGUCAAAAACUUGGUCACGGGGUCACUUAGUGCAUUUUUUAACAUUCAGCAUGGUGUCCUCUCUCUUAUUCAAGUAGUUUUCAUCCGAACUUCACCAAACUUGGUCAGAAGUUUUAUCUAGAUGAUCUGAAGGCCAAGUUCGAACAUGGGCCAUGUCAGAUAAAAAACUAGGUCACAUGGUCACUUAGUACGUUUUACACAUUGAGCAUUGUGUCCGCUCUCUAUCCAAGUAGUUUUAAUCCGAUCUUUACCACACUUGGUCAGAAGUUGUAACUAGAUGAUGUGUAGGUCAAGUUCGAACAUGGGCCUUGCCGGGUCAAAAAAUACCAUGUUGUCCGCUCUCUUAUUCAAGUAGUUUUUAUCAAAUUUUCACCAAUUUGGUCAGAAGUUGUAUCUUGAUAAUGUCUAGGGCAAGUUUGGAUAAGGGUCAUGCCGGGUCAAAACAAGGUGACAGAGUCACUUAGUGAGUUUUAAACAUCACAAUGUUGUCCGCUCUCUAAUUCAAGUAGUUUUUAUCCUAUCUUCAUUAAACUUGGUCAGAAUUUGUAUCUAGAUGAUGUCUAGGUUAAGUUUGAAUAUGGGUCAUGCCGGGUCAAAAACUAGGUCACGGGGUAUCUUAGUGCGUUUUAAACCUCACCAUGUUGUACGCUCUCUAAUUCAAUUAGUUUUCAUCCAAUCCUCACCAAACUUGGUCACAAGUUUUAUCUAAAUGAUCUCUAGGACAAGUUUGAAUAUGGGCCAUUCCGGGCCUAAAACUAGGUCACGGGGUCACUUAGUGCGUUUUUAACAUUCAGCAUGGUGUCCGCUCUCUAAUUCAAGUAGUUCACAUCCGAUCUUCACCAAACUUGGUCAGAAGUUUUAUGGAGAUGAUCUUAAGGCCAAGUUAGAACAUGGGCCUUUCUGGGUCAAAAACUAGGUCCAGGGGUCACUUAGUGAGUUUUCAAAAUUGAGCAUGGUGUCCGCUGUUUUUUGUGAAGACGACAUGCAAAAUAUAAUGUGUCAAUGCGGCAUAUUCGUCACGUCUGUGACAAAGCUCUAGUACUGUUAUUCUUUUUGUAAUGUGAUGGUAAAAAGCUGAAAAUAAAGAGAAAGAAAUAUUAGGAAACUCUUAAACUUAUAGAUCAAAUGUGAAUAGUUAAUACAUGCGUAAAUAAUGCAUGGUUCAGUGAUGAAAAAGGUACAUAACACUUAUUUAAUACAUGGAUGAAACGUAAUGCGUACGAAUCCUUGAAGACUAAAAUAUUUGACGAGGAAUAACUUGUUAUGAACUGUCUCAAAAAUUAAAUAUCAUCAACUGGGAGAAUAUAUACAAAUACAAUGAUAUAUAACCGUAUAUUACUUACAUCGUGAGGAACCAUGACCAGAAACGACUUUAUUGACUGACAUUAAGAUUUCGAGCGCGAGAUUUUAGCUUAAAGUAAGUACAACAGAAAUAAAUCCAUGGGAGAGAACUAUAACAACAAGUGAAUGAAAGUUCACUCGAUUACCUCCCCUUACUGGCUCCAUUACACUCCCCGUCUGAUAUUACAAUAUCACCUCAUUAACUUUAAUUCAUAUUUCAAAAAAUAAAAAAAACAGGUCUAUGGAGAUGUGACAAAAAUAACCUACCAUACAUUAAACAUCGUGUUAUACUAGUUCUCUUAAUUGACUCUUAUGGUCCACCAUACAUUUACAACUGAAUUCUCACAAGUAAAUUCUUAAGUCUUAACAUGAAUUUAGACAUGUACUGUGGAGAAUGUCAAGUGUCAUAGGACUAUGAACAACAUAUAGACCUGAACUUAAAUGAAAGAUGAAUCAAUACAAUCUUCUAAAUUUCAAUUGAACAAUGCAUAAUUGAAAUUGCAUGUUAAUAAAAUACCUUUACAAAUAUGAUAAACUUUACUUUAACAAAGGCAUAGAAACAAUGACAUCAGCGCACAAACAAACAUACUUUGGAAAAUAGGGAUUAAAUGUUAUCUUAAAAUCAAAGUAUGGGACCUAACACAAAUCAAAUUUCUAACAAAUCAUUCAUGUUAAAACUGCAAUACUACCAAAUUUGGUGAAAAGGCGAAACUAUUCCAAAACAAAUUUUUGGAGAGUAUGAGAAUACUGAUUAAGUAUGCAUCAUUUUAAAUGAUAAUAAAAUUAAAAUAUACAAAACAAGAGUAGUUUGAUAGACAUGAAUCAACCUUGAAUUUGUAAAAAAAAGCAUGUUACACUAUUUACAAGAAACAGUAUGUUACACUUUUUACACACAAAAAAGUUACACUAUUUACACGAAAUUUGUUCACAAUGCAAAUGUAAUUUAACCAUAUUAUUGUUUCUUUUCCAUAUCAUCAUUCACUGUAAACAUAAUACACAACAAUUAACACUGUUAUGGUUUAACAAUAGACUGGUCAAAUAAUUUCACAAGGUCGACAACUGGUCUCACAAAAACUGUUUUGUUUCCGUUGCGAAUGACACAAACUUUCACUUUUCGCUCUCAACCGUCUUGACUAGGGAACACUCGUUGGACUCUUCCUAAUGGCCAACUAUAUCUGUUCACGUCCUGGUCCUUCAUCAGUACAAUAUCUCCUGUCUGUAGGUGAUCUCUCUCAUCGGUCCACUUCCUUCUAUGCUGCAGUGACUGCAGGAAUACGGAGCGCCAUCUGGUCCAAAACGUAUCCGCCAGAUGCUUCACACGUUUUCAUUGACAUCUAUAUAAAUCCUUGACGUCUAAGUCACAUAGGGAAUGUUCUUCGGCAUGUUCUUCGGCAUAAAUCUUCUUGGUUAAAGAAUAUUGGGCGAGAGCACUUCCGGUUGAUCACUUUCAUAAGAGACUGGUUCCACUGGGCGUGAAUUUACAAUAGCAGUUUCCUCUGCCAUGAAAGUUUUUAGGACCUCGUGAGUAAGAGUGGAGACAUCUGCUAACAUAGAGUCCAGAAAGCGAGGUGCGACACCUAUCAUUCUUUCCCAGACUACACCGAAGUGGGAACUAUGAGGAGGUUUAAAGUGCCAUGUCACACCAUUGUCAAACAAAAACUGCUGACGUCACUGCUUUCAACGUUGAUAGCGUCAAUCUUGAAGUGAUCUGAGGCCCCUACAAAAUUGACGCCUCUGUCUGAUCUUAUUUGUUUCACUGGGCCACGAAUUGCUAUGUAGCGUCUGAGAGCAUUUAUGAAUGCUAAUGAGGAUAGAUCUUCAACAACUUUUAUUGUACGAAUGGUCAGGCACGUGAACAAUAUUCCCCAACUUUUCGAAUUAGCUUGUCCGCCUCGCGUCUUUCUAGAGGAAACAUGGCCCGAAGGUAUCGAGACCAACAUAAGUAAAAGGUGCCGACUAUUCAAUACGAUCAAUCGGAAGAUCAGCCAUCUUCAUCUGUGUGGGUUUUUUCUCGAGGUUUUUUGCACGACACGCAAUGGUGAAUGAUCGCGGCGACCAAACGUUUUGCACCCGUCACCCAGAAGCCUGCAGAUCUUACUGCUCCUUCUGUUAACAGUCGCCCCUGAUGUUUCAUCUGUUGAUGAUGAUGGUGCACUAUGAGUUUGGCAAUGUGGUGCUUUCCUGGAAUGAUCAUCUGGUGUUUUUCUUUAGCAUCUAAAGUACCUCGUCUGAGGCGACCUCCAACCCUAAAAAUACCGUGGUCAUCAAUGUAGGGAUCUAGACUGAUAAUUGGGUUGCUGCGAGGAACUUGUUUCCCCUUUUUGAGAUAUUCAAUGUCUUCUGAAUAUGUUUCUUUUUGCACUUCAUUGAUUAUUUGUAUGGUAGAUUCGCUGAACUGGUCGACUGUUGUACGGCUUGCACAGACGUGCCAUCCUUUACAAGUGCAAUCAUUUGAGAAUGGCUUCGCAAUGUGACGCAAUCUUGCAAUUGUUUGGACCAAUCUUUUCCAGUCUGAGAAUCUCUCAAAACGUUUGGUACCCAAGUUUUUGUUAGAUAACACAGUGGUCUUCAUGGUUUUUAUGCCCCGGGUAGGGUGGCAUAUAGCAGUUGAACUGUCCGUCAGUCAGUUUGUCAGUAUGUCAGUCCGUCCGUCCGAAAACUUUAAUGGUCAUAACUUUUUCAAUAUUUAACAUAGCAACUUGAUAUUUGGAGCUGCACAUUUUGAGUGGUGAAAGGUGAAGGUCAAGGUCAACCUUCAAGGUCAAAUGUCUAAUAUAUGGCGUCUGUCCGUCCGUCCGAAAACUUUAACAUUGGCCAUAACUUUUUCAUUUUUGAAGAUAGCAACUUGAUAUUUAGUAUGCAUGUGUAUCUCCUGGAGCUGAACAUUUUGAGUGGUGAAAGGCGAAAAUCAAGGUCAUUCUUCAAGGUCAAAUGUCAAAUAUUCUGUCUGUCUGAAAACUUAAACAAUGGCCAUAACUUUUUAAAUAUUGAAGAUUGCAACUUGAUAUUUGGCAUGCAUGUGUAUCUCAUGGAGCUGCACAUUUUGACUGGUGAAAUGUCAAGGUCAUCCUUCAAGGUCAAUGUCAAAGGUCAAAUUUUGAAAUAUUGAAGAUAGCAACUACAUAUUUAAAAUGCAUGCAUAUCUCAUGGAGCUGCACAUUUUUGAGUGGUGAAAGGUCAAGGUCAUCCUUCAAUGUAAAUAAAAUUCCAAGGGAAGUAAUAAGCUUUAAAGGGAGAAGAUUUCUAUACCUGCCAAAUGAUAAAUAUAAAUUUUAUUUCAAAGGGAGCAUUUUGGUUCUGACGAACACAUCUCUUGUCACUUCUUGUCUGAUUUCCGCGUCUUCGUCUGGUUCAAUCAAUGGGAAAUUUGCAGAUUCUGUAUUUUUAAUAUGCUGCAAAAAAUCAGGUCCACUGAGCCAAUAUGACAUAGCGAGGUCUUGUGCUCGAACUCAUCGGGAACCAAGGUCAGCCGGGUUCAAUUCAGAGGGCACAUAAGCCCACUGUUCUGGAUGACAGAUCUUGCGACUUUUUGCUACACGGUUGGUUACAUACUUGUAGAAUCUUCUGCACUGGAUGCGGAUAUAACCUAAUACAACCUUGCUGUCCGUGUAGAAUUGGACACUGCCACAAUCUAGGUUUUCAGAUACCGUUACAGCUAUUUCUGCACCAAGAACCGCUGCGCAGAGUUCCAGUCUCGGUAUUUUGUGACCUGAUGUGGGUGCCACCUUUGCUUUCCCAUACACAAAUGACACUUUUCUUGGACUGAUCGAGUCACCUACCACCAAAUAAGCGCAUGCUUCAAUCGCGCGUUCGGAAGCAUAAGAGAAGAUGUGUAGGUCAAAGUGAGUUGUCCCCUUUGAAUGGUCAUAAACUGUGUAUUUUCUAGGAAUAUUGAGCUCUUGUAGUGGGUCUAAUGAUCAUCGCCACAACUUCCAUGCUUCUUCUAAUUCUGGAGGGAUGGAGCUAUCCCAGUUUGAGCAAUUUGCAAUAAUACUGCGUAGUAACAGCUUACCUUCAAUAUGCGCAGGGGCUAUCCAAGGGGAACAAAGAUACUGUUGAUCAUGGAAAGAAUAUUUCUUCUUGUUACUGGCUUGUCAUUUUGUAUGACCUUGAAUAUGAACUUGUCAUUCUCUAAAUCCCAUGAUAGACCCAGACUUCGCUUCACAGGCAAAAUAUCGUUCUCCAUGUCAAGAGUUUUCAGUUCAGAUGACAAAUCUUCAACAGGAAACGCCUUUACUACGUCAUUGUCAUUUGAUGUCACUUUGUGGAGUCUGAAUGAUCCACUUUCUUAAAGGUCAUGCAUGGUAUUUUUCAUUAGCUUUAUCGCCACCUGUGAGGUGGGGGUAGAUGUGAUUCCAUCGUUUACAUAAAAGUUUCUGUGCACAAAGUGUCUGACUUUCGCUUCAUUUUUUUCAACAGAGUUUCUCAGUCCGUAUGUUGCAAUAGCGGGUGAUGGGCUGUUGCCAAAAAAUAUGAACAGUCAUUCUGUAUUCGAUCAACUCAUUACAUAGAUCAUUGUCCCUGUACCACCAGAAUCUCAGAAAGUCUCUAUAUUCUGGAUCAAUUUUAAAACAAUAGAACAGCUGCUGUAUGUCUGCCGAUACAGCAACAGCUUCCUUUCUGAAACGAAGAUUAAUUCCUUGGAGAUUGUUGGUUAGGUCAGGUCCUUGUAGUAACACGGUUUUCAAUGAACCAUCGUUGAACUUUGCUGAGGAAUCAAACACACCUCUUAUAUGUUCUGGUUUCUGUACUUGGUACACGCCAAAUAUCGGCAAAUACCAACAUUCCAUUUCUUUAGGUAGAUCAGGUGCGACCUCCAUGUGUCCAUUCUGUAUCAUCUUUCCCAUAAGCUCUAUGAAAUGGGACUUCUUUGUUUCGUUCUUGAGUAGACUCCUCUCAAUAGUAUUUGCUCUUCUUAGUGCAUAUUGUUUGUUGUUCGGAAGACGUUUUCUGUCUGGCUUAAAAGGAAGUGGGGCUACCCAUGUUCCAUUUUCUUUCCUGAACUCAUUGUCCAUUAUCUCUAAGAACAUUUUGUCUUUGUACAGUCUUUGUAAGCCCUUGUCAAAGUCAAAUGUUCCAUCAAUGUUUGAACGACACGAGGAACCGUGAUAAGCGAGCUCUGUUUCAAUCCAAUACUUCCGGUCAGAUUUGACGAUCCUCUGGCACUGGAAAUGACUCAAUUUCAGACAGUCCUGUAAAACAAGGUCGUUUUUAUUUCAACACUGGCUGACUGACUGACUGAUUGACUGUCUGUCUGUCUGACUUUGAUUUUUAAAUAAAUAAUUCUAAAAUUAAAAUUGACAAAUCGCGACGCUCUCUAUGGAAAACUUAAGCUCAUGAAAGUGUUAAUAAGUCAAAACAAAAACACAUGAACUUGUAAAACGUAUAAACUAUCAAAGUAUGACGCAGUUAAUGGACACACAUAGAAUGGUAAAAAAUGGGCCGCAGAAAUUAAGUCAAAUUUGUAUCAACAUGGGUUGGGUAACCAAUGGGUGAAUCAAUUUAAUAUGCCUUUAAACUUUCAUUAUUAACAACAGCAGUUAUUAGAUAUCUUCAAACAAAAUUGGAACUUAAAUAUAAACAAUUCAAAUAGACUACAAUUCUAUUUCUUAUUAAAACACACGUUCAAUGCAAAACAAAUAAUAUUCAAACAUCCUAAGCAAGUACAUAAAAAGAUAUUGCAAACCAUACAAUAAUUUGUAAGCUUGCUAUCGAGUUCUUCAAAAAUCACUGUUACGAAUUUAUCAGAACAGAACAAAUCUUUUAUAAGACAAUAAUUCAUCAUUCCUUACUGGUCUUUUAUUCUUUUACAUCUAACAUUGAAAAAUGAUCAUUAAAAAGUCAUUAUCAACAGAAACAUUCUCUUCAAAAAUAAAAUUGGCAUCCUGGCUAACGGUGGCUAACAUGAUUUGCCGUUUUAUCACUGAAUACAUUCAAAAGGUUACAAAAAUCAUUUUUCCAUCUGUCAAAAACUUGUGUCACAUCAUUUGUUAAAUGACCUGAUUUAUCAUCUUCUUCAAAAUGCAGACCAUUACAUUGGUUAUCUCUGACUCCUAUGCUAUCAAUUGUUUUCCAAAACAUCUACCUUAUUAUUAUCAGCUUCAUGUAUUAGUUUUUCUUGAAGUUCUACCCAGUAACGUCUUUUUUUUUAUCGGAACCUGUUUAUCAAAAAUUUCCUGUUUUGAACAAAACUAUGUUUAAGGGUUGACUUACAAUAUGUGGUACAUUUAACCCAAUAACCUUCUGCUUCGCUCAUGUCAUUCCAUAACCUUGGCUAUUCCUCAUUCCACCAAUCUUUUUACUUUUCUUUUUUUAGCACUUCGUUCGAAUUUGAUGGUUACGGUCUUAGAGGGGAGUUUCAAACUAAUUUCAUUUUUGACACCAGCACAAAAUAUUAUACAUGGUAUAUACAUUCUUUUGCACAUCAACAUUUGUUUGCAACACAUUAAACUUUUCAACCACCUAAUUUAAAAACCUUUCGCCUUCACAAAAAUUUGGCGGCAUUGUACGAGUGUCAUAUACAGUUUUAUUCAUUCUAAUAUUGACUUUACCGCGUUUGUCCCUACACCAUUCAUUUGAAACUAUUACAUUCUGUAAUUUAACAUCAGACAUCUUGACAACUUCAAAGUCUGACAGCAUAUCAAUAUUCUCAUAGGGGACAACAAUAUAAUCACAGACAAACGUUUAUUUGACACGAAUGUGUAGUCAUUGACUAUAGAGUUUCUUCCAUUUACUAUACAAAAAUUACAGUCAAUUAAAAAGUUACAAAAUAGUUCACCAUAUGUUUUGUUUGUAUAAUCAACAACAUUUAUUUUUGGUAGAACAUCAAUACCUUCAAUGUAAUCCGGCAUAUCUGCAAUUAUAGCAUGCAAAUCGCCUAAAAUGUAGAAAGGACCACUUUUUUGAUACUCUACGUCAGUUAACAAUUCUUAAAAAAAUAAUUUGCAUUUACUUAAUGUGAUGACACCAUUGGAGGGAGAUAGCAAGCAUAAAUAUUAAAACAUGUUUUAUCAAUUAUUGACUUAAAAGAAACCCACAAAAUACCCUUGUAAUCAUCAUCUCAAAUGUUUACAUACAAUAUGUCUAGUAUUGACUUUCUCACCAAAUUUCCUACUCAACCAAACCCUAAUUUUUCAUGUCGGUGUAGCAGCCUUCUCCUACUACUAAAAAGUAAAAAUACAUAAUUAUCAACAUUAAGCUCACAAUUUUCCUUUAGAUGUGUUUCUGCCUUAGGAAGUAUAUCAUUAUCAAGCUUACUUAAACAAUUUGCUCUAAAAAUAAAAUUAUCAGUUUCAACAUUGUCAGACCAUUCAUGUACAUUCCAAAACCCAAGCUUUACCUAGUUGUAAUAUCUACGGUCAUUAUUUCUGUAUUUACUAAGAUAGUGAGAGUCAUGAUUGUUCGUUCUUUGGUAAGAAACACUAGAAUAACUGUUUAUUUUGGAUUGGCUGCCUCUAAUGCUGUACCUUGUUCUGGGGCUGUGUCUGUUCUGGUUGUCAUCUUCUCGCCUCAUGUCAUUUGACCUGUCAUUUAAUCUACUUGGUCUAUCACUAUUCCGGUUUGAGUAAUCAGAGUUUGUAUCCCGAUAAUUAUUUCUGCGUUGCCGACUUUACUGUUGCCACGGAUUGGCUUCACUAGUCGAACUAUCGUCGGAAGAGCGAGAUUGCCUAGUUUGGUUGUUAUCUUCCUGUCUUCUAACACUAGGCGAUUUCCACGGAGCUUAAACCCUAAAACACCAAGGCUUAUAAUUAAUACUUUCAGGUUUCUGCUAUUUUGUCGCAUCUCGUCGGUUUGGUCCGAGUUGACAUACACGUUCUCACACUUUUUAAUAUCGUGUAGCUUACUUUUUGUUUUCAAAAUUUUCAUUUUGUCUUCAUCACUUUUCACUUGAAAAUUAUUGCACCCGGUUUGUCAUUGAAACCUCUUUUCCUUUCUGCUUGUACACAUGAUAUAUGUGGGAGCUGCAACCCAUUAUGCAGCAAAUCAUUCACAACCUGUUUUGUGUCUUCCCGUUCCCUUUCAGGCCUAUAACGAAUGCAUAGGUUGUACCGAAUUGAUGCGUCCUCAGCAUCUGAUGAUCCAACUGAUUUAAUUCCGUCAAUUAUUGUUGCAAACAUUUUACAUCUUGACAUUAAUUGUCACUAACAUUUUCGAUUUCUUUAAUUACUUCAGUUUUGAUUCUGUUGCUCUCUGUACUCAUUCUCUUGUCCAUUAUUUUUGAGAAUUUAUCGGAAAGCUUUCUCUCAAUGUCUACAGCGAUACGGUCAAUUUUAGAUGACAAUGUAUCACCCAUUUUACUCAUUUUCUUAUUCAUUUUUUGAUUUUCGUCCGCAAACCUGCUGAGAACAGUCGCAAUGUCACUCUCGAUACCUUCCACAUGUUUUUUUGCCGCCACUUCCUUCUGUUGCGUGUCUUGCGGAGCACUUUUCUGUGUCUCUUGCUGAACCUCUUUGCUUAAGUUUCUUUUUGCUUUCACUAUACCUUCUAUCUAAAGUUUUAUAUUUCUUGUCGAUGCCUUCUUCAGGAACAGAUAAAUGUCCUUUUCUCGAGCUCGUAGUGUUAUAACUGGUUGGAGAAACUACGUGUGUACAUUGGAAGGGCAUCGCACUCUGCACAUACGCUGACGCCUCUCGAAAACGAUCCGCCGAGGUACUUGUAGCUAUAACUGGCAAUUUGUCAAGCCGUCGAACCCCCAAGCAAAAUGUUCAAAAUGUUUUUUCAACCUGGGAUAAAUCGUUAAAAAUUAAUAUAAAAAUUCGUAAGGAGUUGCUAUAAGAUGCUUGCCGCAAUAAAACCAAGAAGAUUUGUAUCAGUUUGGUUUCGUAUGCUUUAAUCUGUAGACAAUUGCGACAAUUAUCACUUGCUAGGCGUGAACACUUAAUUGAGGUUGAUAGGUCAGCGUUGAUAGGUGCGAACCAAUAACAAGGUUUAUUGCGAUUCAAAAUAAGCAUGUGAAUAUGUGAAGAAAACUUCGAUUCGGGACCGGAAAAUGACUUCGAAAUACUGAAACAUGCCAAUUAAGAAAAUUGGAUAUAAGCGUUCAACAUUUUAAUUAAAAUACGAAGGUUUCGAUUUGGGACCGAAAUUUUAUUUGGAAAUUAUCGAGAAUUUGAAUGAAUGAACUUCGGUUUGACGGUGUUCAGCUGUAUGUAUAAGUAUUCUGGAUUUUGCAUACGAAAUCCUCCAGAUAACUAUCCAGGGCUGGGGCGAUAGAAUAACAAGACGAUUUCUAAUAUUGUACUAUGAGCAAUACAAUAGGGUUUGUACUCACACUUCGUCGCUGUAUUGGGUCACUUGCAAUUGUCAUCACUCAGGAUUGUCACAGCUUUCCAAGGAGAUCGUCGAGACGUCUUAACACAUGGAACUUAAGACUUCUUUUCGGCAGCUACCGGACUGCAUUCUGGGUCAGGACGAGCUAGUCGGACCGGUCUUCACCACACUCCACGUUCUAACAAGCCCCACUUCCUAGCCCAAUUCAGCCUGGCAAUCCCCAGCUAACGCUGAACUUCCAAUUGUGUAAUGCCUUACCAAUUUAAAGUAUUUAAGGCCAAAGGAGAUUGUAAAAAUUAUCUAUUUCCACCCGCUAUGAGCUGCCCGUCCCCAAGUUACACCAUAUCCUUACACCACCCAGCCCAUGUCCCUUCAUCCCACAUAACCCACCCGAAAUCGGGUCAUGACCACACUAAACAAUACACCGCUUUAUUCACCCCCAGAUGGUGUAUGAGCUCACUGGACCCGCAUGACCGACUACUUUAAGUGUGGCUCCCGUGGAAGUGGCAGCCAAAUGCGGAUGGCACUGCAAUCCUAGGUCACUCCCACUCUCAGACCACAUGCUCAAACUCCACCACCAAUACUCCUUCGGGAAGACCCAACACUCUGGUCUGAUUCCGCCGUCCAAGCCUCCGCCACUCAAAACUCCAGAGGCAUGAACCCAACACUCCGGGUUGCCAACGCCACUAAAACCUCCAAAGGCAUCGAACCAACACCCUGGGUCGCCUCCGCCACUAAAAACUUUCAAGAGGCAUCGACCCAACACUCUGGGUAGCCUCCCGCUCGCUCGAACGCCUGCACCUCCAACAACUCAAUCCUUUCCUCACUUUCUAGCAACUCUCUUGCACUAGGCCCGAGCCCGAAAACCAACUUCUCAUUACAUCUCUCGCAUUUCAUCAUUUCCACAGAAGCUGCACUGCAAGGUCCCAAACUGUAGGAGAUAAAUCAAGCGAUCCCAUAAGGACCUUCCUCCUCCAACUCAAACACUUAGAAAGAAGUGACCUCUCCAACAAGGUUAUGUUCGGCUUUGCAGUAUAAUCCUCACAUAACACACAACCCUUACCCAAUCUAAUGUUUUCUUUGGGGUAGCAUCAAUAGCAACACCAGCACUAAAAUAACCCCAUUCCCAACCCAUCAAGCAUUCGCACACACUAUCAAUUUGACAUCUAAAGCCCGGUUCGUAUCAUUAUUGUCCUCUACCGGUGAAACCGGAGGGGAUUUACGGUUUGCACUCCGUCUGUCAGUAUGUCAGUCUGUCUCUCUGCCCCUCACAUAUUUCUUGAUCCUGCGAUGACUUUAAUAGUUCUUCAUCCUUUUUCAUGAAACUUGAAACAUGGAUAGAUGGCAAUAUGGAGAUUAUGCAUGUCAUUUCAUCUUGUUCCUAUGGCACGAAUUCUGGUUGCUAUGGCAACAAAUAAAAAAUAAAAAAAAACUGUAUGGCGAGUUUCACUGGUAGGGUACCAUAAUGCUUGGUAAUCUCUUGUUUCAUCCGAUAUCGAGGUUUGGUGCCGACAACUAGGUAGAUUUAUUGUAACAUAAUGAUAAACAACCUGCACAAUUCAACCCAUAUUCCAUACAAUUUUCAACCCACAACUUUAUACAAAUAGUCUUCAAUAUUUUUAGGUAUGGUUCUCAGUUGUUCUGAAUGCUAAAUGUGUAAUGACGCCUUCACCAAUUACCACUCAGCAGUCAUUGUCCACUAUUAAGGGCAUCCUAACAAUUGACAGUAUUUCUAAAACCAGUACUCUGCCUUUUCAACUUGUGUGUAUUUUUCAAAAACAGAAAGGUUGCAUAGGAUAUUUACUCUCGUAUUUAAAUCUAUUGUGUCCAACAAGCAAUAAACUACAAAGCAAUUGAACGAUUAUUCUAAUUCUAGAAAGAUUAUUUUUAAGAAGUCGUUUCCGAUCCAUCAACAUACAAUCUCGUCAUACUCACUGCAAACAGUCAACAAAUAAUUAUAGCCAUUCAUGCCAAUAUUUUCUACUUCUCCCUGAGCUUAACUAGGUUCGAGUGAACCAUCAAAUUGAGUUCUGCCAUCUCAUAUCAAUCAAAUUGGAUGAAAAUGGCAUUCUCCAGACAAUUACCACCGCCUUGCCUGUACCUUUGUAGACAUAGACGGGAACUCCUCCACGCCUGGUUUUCGUAACUUAACCCGAUACAGGCACUACCACCCGCUGUACAAACUGCCUUCACCUGAUGUAAGCUAUCAUUGUACUUUGACUUUGUUUAAGUGGUCCCUUAACAAUUAAAGAGCUGUAAUCAUUAUCGGUCAAAGUAUUGCAGGCCGCACCAGUAUCUACUUUAAAACUCAUUUUGGUAUUUGAAAGGCCAAUAUAAAUAUUUGCAAAUACCUCAUCUUUCUGUCUGGUAAAUGAUCCUAUGUUGAAGCUGUUAUCGUCACUGCUGUCGCUGUCGUCACUGUCGAGAACAUGGACAUUUUUCUUCUGGUGUGAUGAACGUUUCACCGACCUCGCGAAAUGGUUCCAUGCCCGGCAUUUCCGGGACAGCUGACCCUUGGCUGGACACGAGGAAUCCAUAUGGCGAUUUCCACAUUGGCCAAAUAGUUUCUUGUGUAGAUCUGGUUUCUUGUGUAUAUCUUUAUGUUGUUUACUCAGAUGAGCACAGUUUUGCGGUCCCUGUUGAAGUUUGCGCAAUUGUCUUUGUAACGCAGUGACGUCCUUAUCUUUAUUGUCAAUAUAUUUCAUUUGACUUUGUGCAUACUCAAAUGUUCUAGCUAUUUCGAUUGACUUAUCAGUUGUCACCUUCUUGCAUAAGCUUUUUGCGGAUUUGUGUAGAUGCAAGUCCAAAAACAAUAUUGUACCGUAUCAUUUCUUGUUUUAUAUUUGUGAAUUUGCAAUAUGCUGCUGAAAUUCGUAGCGUUGUUAGAAAAUCCUCGAUUGACUAUUGUCCUUUUACAAUGUUGUUGAAUUGGUAACGUUUAAAAACAGAAUUUAGCUUCGGCUGCACAUGCUCAAUGAAUUUCGUGUAAAUUAUAUCUAGCUUUUUGUUUUCAUCCUGUGUAAGAUUCCAUGUUUUGUGUACUUCUCGUCCUCUCUGACCAACCAACAAUAAUAAAUAUGUGCACUUGUCCUCCUCUGACUUAUCCUUGAGGAGACCCUCGAAAAUGAGAUCUACGUGAUCUUUGAAGUGCAGCCAUGCUUCUGGAAGGUUACUCGAGCCCCAGUCCAUUUUGGGUUCUGGAAUUCCCGAUAAAUCCAUCGUGCACAAUUAUUGCAAUAAAUCCAAGAAUGUUGAAACUAGUUCUAUGUUCAAAUUCUAUCAGACGUUCACAGUAGUUUCUGACACCAUGUCAUAAUGUCGGUCAUUAUAAUAAUGUGUUCAUCAAUCAUAUGAAACUCCUUAAGUAUGUAUAUACUUUUAUUGCGUGUUACUGGUUCGAUGGCUACGUGUGACGUGUGAAGUGAAGCAAACAUACAUUAUAACAAUCAGUAUCAAAUAUAUAAACGGAAAUAACUACUACCUGGUAGAUAUAUAACAUCAGCAAUGGAUCAUCUUAAUAUCAUGACAAACAUACCGAUGAAAGUAUGACACUUUGACAAGUUGUGGCGCGACUGAUAGAUAUGAAACUCUGUGGUUUCCUUCGUAGAUCUCGGUUCGAAUUCUGUUUUUCUGGUAGCCACCGAUAUCCCUAAACUCCCAUCCAUUCUAGAAGUUGAUCGAGCACCUGGCCUGCAGGGGUCACAUAUAGACCAUAUAUGCCACGUAGUGCUGAGUCUGUCAAUGUAGCCAGGAGUGUUCCAUCCCUGGCCAGUGGGAGAAGCUUGUUCUGGUAGUAGCUGAUAAUGUACAGCCUGUCUCCUGUGGGACUCACAGCACACCUGUCUACUGCAGAACAGAGUAACAUCAAGAUAUUGAAUUACUCUAGAAGGGGUCGACCUUGUUUGAUCCACCGUGUCAAACGUAAAACUCGAGUCACUGAACACGAUGCUGUUCUUCUUGAUAAAAUCCGCAAACAGCGAAAAUGGCAGAAAAGGUACCUUAUGCUAUAUAUGCACCAGCACGAGAUAUCCAUCUGUGCUGUAAAUUGUAUGGGAGCUUUGCAACGAUAGGAUUAAUUCAUACAGCCGAGUUGAUGUAUGCAAAGUUUGCUGCGUAAUUUUCCAUUAAACCCUCAACUUCAGCUAAUAUGUCGGCAAGGUCUAACAACUUGGUUACAUCUUUGUUGGUGAGGCGAUGGAAUUGUUUUUAUUUUACAGUUACAGUGUUCAUUACGGUUUCAGCCGAUCCGUAUUGCUCAUCCAAACGAGCCCAACCUUUUGCAACAGCCUCGUCAGAAUCAUUGUAGGUAAGCACUCCUCAGACUUAGCGCAUAUUUCUUUAAUGUGUGCCGAGAUAUUUCACCAAUAAAACAAGCCGACUUAAAAGUGCCUUCCAGGCACGGUAGUUGUCCGAGCAGUCGUUAAAAUUGGAGAUGCGCGAUAGUAUGAGUUCAUUUCUCAACAGAAACUGACAGAUGUUGUUAUUUUCUUUAAACGUACACAUUUGUUUCGAACAUAAUGAUAAAUGUGUCUCAAUGUAAUUUUUGACCGUGUUCAGUUUGUCUUCUUGCUCAUCUGGUGGUUGCAAACUGACAGAACCUGCAGAAUUUGAUGUGUUACAUAUUUGUCUCAAUUCCUCUGCUUCAACCGCCAGAGCCACUGCCUCUUUUUGUUGGUGAAGCAUUUCAAUUUCAGCAUCCAGGUGGGCUUGUUUCAACAAAGCAGAUGUUCUCUGCCUUUUCAGUCCAAUCUCUUUUGCCACAAAUUCUAGCUUCGUCUUUGCUGCUUAAGCUUCAGCUGCCUUUUUAAACAGCAUUGUCGUAACUGAGUCACUUGUAGACGAUACAUUUGACAUAACUUAAUUUUUUUCAGUGCGUAGAAGUUUAAUUUGUCUCAAGUAACCUUUUACUUGACUCUCGCACUCCAUGAACAUAUUAUCAACAUGAGUUAUUAUUUCAGCUUCACUUUCACGAGUUUUUGUUGAUUCAAGAAAUUUCACGAAUUAAUUGUAGGAUUGCUGAACAACAACAUAAAUGUCACUUGCCUUGUCUCUGCACUUAUUCAAAGCUGAAAUUUCGCUGUUAACUGAUGAACCCGAGUUCUCUUUAAUAUAUUCAUUUAAGACAUAAAUUUCACCCCUAAAACGUGUGUAAAAUGCUUCAAAUUUUUCUCGAAUAACUCCAUGGCUUUAAAAGUCAAUGAUCAUAGUCUAUUUGAUCUCUUAAUGAAGACGAACCAUCAACGAAGGCGAGAUAUUCUUGAAGUACCAUAUUAUUAAAUAACAGAGUUUAAAAUAACCCCUUGGAAUCUGAUAUUUGGCAUGCAUGUGUAUCUCAUGGAGCUGCACAUUUUGAAGUUCAAGGUUAUUCUUCAAGGUCAAAGGUCAAACAUAUGGCUUCAAAUCGGCUUAGUAGGGGGCAUUGUCUUUCUGACAACACAUUUCGUGUUCUCUCAAAAACUGCUUCCUAUCACUAAGACUUUAAAUCCUGAAGGUUCUGCAUUUAUUCAGACUAUGCGGUGAAUUAUGAAAUGCACAGAAUCGGUUUUGAUUCAGAAGAAAUAUCAGUUUUCUUCGUGUUCACAAAUUGCGGUUUUCUAGGUGGUUGACCUUGGUUCGGAAGUUUGUUGCUUUGUGGUUAACCUACAUGUAAGCUGUUUUCAUUGCGCAAAAGCCUGCUUGUGUCUAAACGUCGCGAAUUCAACGAAAGGUGGGAAAUAUGUUUCAUUUAAGGCUUUUUAUCGACUCGCUCUUGUUGCCCAAUGUUCUUGAAUAGGCGGUGGUAACUUCGUCAAAAUAAUAAAGAUCCCCAUGGAUGAGUCGUAAUAUGCCAUUGAAGUACAGUUUGUAGUGUCUUCCUUCAAAGCUUGUAUUUCCGAUCAAAAAUCAUCAAGAUCAUACCAUCGUAUUGAAUCGGACAUAGUCAGACGAAGGUAUUUCCUCUACACGUUUCUGUAUAAGCCGGUUGACAAUUUCUGGUCAACAACAAUGCUCGUCUAACCUCUCCCAUAUUUUUUAAUUUACACAGAUCUGGAUCAUUUUUAUACACAGUUUUUAAUGCUUAUCUUUUGGACUCUGGACCCAAAUAUUUAGUCAGAAAGUCUACUUCUAAAGUGGUAUUCAAGUUGAUUUCUUGAACGACUUGUUUUAAACUGACCUUCCAUGCCUGGUAUUGAGUGGGGUUGUCAGUUGUCAGUAAAAUGUGUUAUUCUUGAAAAUAAUAGUUCAUUUUUCAGAAUAUAGUUGGAAAAUUGUUGGUGUACAUUUGUCGACACUUCUGUGAGAGGACGAUAACCUGUAUCGAAAAAUUUGUUUCGCUUUUCUUCUUGAGUUAAAUCCGGUAGACUGAUUCCAUCAACGGUUACCGUUUCUUCACUUUCACAAUUUUCAGUAUCUUUAUUCUUUCCAAGGUGAAGAAUGUUCAAACCGGCAUUUAUUUCUUUAAGAGUUAAUUCUAGUCUAGUUUUCUCUUUUUUCAGUUAAUCUUUCUUUAUAAGACUUGUCUGCAGUUUAAUAGUGUAAGUAAUUAACAGCGGUUGCUUCGUACGACGCUAAUCAAGACUUCAAUGAAGUUUCAAUUUCUUAAGGCUGACCAACAUUAUCAGACGCUAUGUCAUACGACAAAUAAGAUAAAACGUUGGUUUCUAUAAUAGCCAGUCUCUUCUCAAAGUCAAUAACUUUCUCCUUAAAGAGUUCCAUAGCUUUUUCAGUCAAAGUUCGAAUUUUCCUAGCUUUAUGAGUAAGAACCUUCACUCGCUCCCGACGACUUCCAAUCCGACCUCGAAAUAUUGCUUUCACUAUGCUGGGUGUAGGGUGAGAUGAUUGACAGACAGCUAGUAUAACCAUAAGCCAUUUCUUCAUUAAUUUGACGUUCCAAUGGCAAUGCGGUUAAAGCCUGAAAAUAUGCAUACGGAUUGUUUAAUAUACUGGUGGAAUAAUUUUACAUACAUAAAGACAUGAAAACAAGUGCAAUGUAUCUUUAAUAUAUAACAAUCGUUUAGGAAGAAAAUAUUGAGAACGAAUAAAUUGCAGGGGGCGAAAAGGUUCGAGAGCAAUUACAGAAGCGAAAAGUCUACCAAUAGAUGUUGUACUGUAAUAGUUGCAUGGCUUAUAUAAUAUACAUGAAAUAUAAAAGCUGUAACUUACAAUAUGUGGGGGCUUAAGGGUUGACAAGAUUGAAAUAUCUAUAAAAAUUGAAAUGACGGACAUCGCGCGAGGUAAAAUCUAUUUAACUACCGCAACGACAACAAAGUGACAAAAAUGGAAUCUAAAAACCGCAAAGAUUGUUUUUAUAAAGCAAGGAGGAUGUCGCGAGCCCCUUGGUGUAACAGCAUAGAAUCUGGAUUCCUUUUUAAAUGACUAAGUAACAGGCUACUGUAGUAGUAAGGUUAGGUUUCGUUUAUGAAAAUACCAAUGAAUGUCUUUAAAACUUUAACUAUAAAUAAUGUAAGCCCCUUUCCGAAGACCAAGGCCCCUUUCCGCGACGAGCCCUUUCCGUGGUGUUCGCCCCUUCCCGUUACUCGUAUCGUACGGCAUUCAAAAAUAUUGUAAUAUUAAAUCAUUUCUUGAUGGAUUUGAAUCUAAUUUAAAAUGUAAACAUAAAGUAUUUUUCGUUUAUUACCAUACCAAUAAAUGUCUUUAAAAAUAAAUAAUGUUAGCCCCUUUCCAAAGGCCGAGUUCCCUUUCCGUUACGAGCCCUUUCCGUGGUGCUCGCCCCUUUCCGUUACUCGUAUCGUACGGCAUUCAAAAAUAUUGUAAAGUUAAACCACUUCGUGAUGGAUUUGAAUGAAAUUUAAAAUAAACACAAUGGAAUGUGCUGCUUAUGCAAAUACCAAUAAAUGUUUUCAAAACAUUGAAAAUAAAUAAAUGUAGAUCCUUUCCGAACACCGAAAGCCUUUUGCGCGGAAAGGAGCAUUUUCCGCUAUUCAGUCAUACCGGGUUAAUUAUUCAAUUAACGUGCAUAUAUUACCAAUUCAACAUGUAUUGAGAUGCUUGCUAGUUGUGAAAGUUUUGUUGCCUGGUUCGAAAGAUUUUAUUACUGGUGUCAAAUAUAUCAAGAUGAGCAUAUUUAAGUUAAUGUGUAGAUUAUUAUUUGAUGAAAAGCACAACUCUUAAUAACAUAUUUGUUAAGACCAGAGUUUUCCACUUCAGCAUAACUGGAACCUAAAAUUUAAUGAGUAAUAGAUCAACUUUAUUUAUCAAAUGGGAACACUACAUGUCUGAUACGUACCUUAUAUUUACUUCAAUAUGUGAUUCUGGUUUUGUAAGUGUCUAUAAUUCAUAAUAAACAAUCAAUGCGUUGUA